GCUCAGUUUUGUUCGGUCUUCUGAAGGAAUCAGUCGUUUAAAACGUUUUCAUCCUCAAAGCUUGAAUUUAUUUUUGUUAAAAACUGUGAAAAGUGAAUUCUAAAAGGAAACAACAAAAAAAAUCUUUAACUUAUACACAAAAAAUCCAAGUCCAUAUAAAGAAAUAUUUGAAAAAAGUGCUAAAAGUUAAAACUAAAGAAAUCUAGUAGAUUUUUUUGUGUACAAAACUGAAAGAACUAAAAUCAAUAAUAAAAAAAUAAAAAAUAAAUCACGAACAAAACUGUGUGUUAAAAAAUUCUAAAAGAAAACGCAGCAGAAGCAGAUAUAUAAAUAAAAAUAACAAGAAAAAGAUAAAUUAAACCCAAAAGAAUAGCCAAAAAAAUCAAAGAAUAAAAAAGAAGGAAAUUCAAGUUCAAAAACCCUUCAACAUAAAGUGUGCAAACGAGCAAAACCAAAUAAAACAACAAAAAAAAAAAAGAAAAUAAUUUCCCCGUAUUAUUGAAAACCAUAUAAUGGCCCCAAUAAUUGCUGACAAUUUAAUUGAAUCAGGAUGUGAAUUUGUUGACAAUUCCAAUACGACCACUUCCACCGCUGCUCAAAAUAGUGAAACUUUUUAUAGUGAAGUAUCAUCAUCUGCUGGCAACUACUCGAAUGACGAAAGUGUUGUUGUUGUUGAAGAAGAAGAAAGUGUUAAUGAAGUGAAUAAUUUUAAUGUUGGCGAUGUUAAAAAUGAAUGUGAAACUGAAUCCAAUGGAUUAUUUAUGCCACUACCCAGCAAGCAAAUGCCCUGGGAAGCUCCAGGCAAACAAGGACUCUAUGAUCCCCAGAAUGAGCAUGAAGCAUGCGGCGUUGGUUUCAUUGUGGCCAUCGAUGGCAAACGCUCUCACAAGAUUCUUCGUGAUGCCCAGACCUUGUCAGAACGGAUGAAUCAUCGCGGUGCUUGCGCCUGUGAUAAUGACACUGGCGAUGGCGCUGGUGUUAUGGCUUCUAUACCCCAUGGAUUAUAUGCCAAAGCAUUGUCUUCUCAGGGCAUUCAAUUGCCAGAACUUGGUAAUUAUGCCACUGGUAUUUUUUAUUUGGAUCAUCAAACUCACAAAGAGGCUGAGCAGGAGUUUAAUGCAUUAGCAACGUCUUUGGGAGUAGAGGUGUUGAGCUGGCGUGAUGUGCCAUCGAAUACGAAUGCCAUCGGUGUGGUGGCUCGUAAAUCGGAACCAUUUUCACGUCAAGUAUUUGUUACUCGUCCAGCUGGUAUGGAUGAUGUGACUUUCAAGCGCAAGACAUUCGUUUUGAGAAAACGUGCCAGCCACGAGUUGGCCAAAGAAGGUCGUCGUUUUUAUAUUUGUUCACUUUCCACCAAAACCAUUGUCUAUAAGGGUCUCUUUACAUCCGAUCAACUUUGGGAUUACUAUACCGAUCUUAAGAAUCCCGAAUUCGAAACCUAUUUGGCUUUGGUUCAUACACGUUUCUCCACCAACACUUUCCCCUCGUGGGAGAGAGCUCAUCCCUUGCGUGUUUUGGCUCACAAUGGUGAAAUCAAUACACUGCGCGGUAACGUGAAUCUAAUGAAGGCUCGUGAAGGUGUCAUGAAGAGCGAAUUAUUUGGUGAUGAGUUGAAGAAACUCUAUCCGGUGGUGGAACCCAAUCUCUCCGAUUCCGGUUCUUUUGAUUGUGUUUUGGAGUUCUUAACUCAGGCUAGUGAUCGUACAUUGCCCGAAUCAGUCAUGACCAUGGUGCCAGAAGCUUGGCAAAAUGACAAAACUAUGCCCCAAGAGAAACGUGAUUUCUAUCAAUGGGCCUCGUGUGUCAUGGAACCCUGGGAUGGUCCUGCUCUAAUUUCCUUCACUGAUGGUCGCUAUAUUGGUGCCGUUUUGGAUCGUAAUGGUUUGCGUCCAUCUCGUUUCUAUGUCACCAAGGAGAAUAUUUUGGUUAUGGCUUCCGAAGUUGGUGUCUAUGAUGUUGAUCCCUCUCAAGUUACCUUGAAGAGUCGUUUGAAACCAGGCCGUAUGUUAUUGGUCGAUACUCAAGAGAAGAAAUUCAUUCAAGAUGUUGAGCUAAAGACUUAUAUUGCCAAAUCUCGGCCUCAUUCGGAGUGGUUGCAACAAAAGAUAACUUUGGAUGAAAUUCGCAAUGCCAAUGUCUUUAAUACGGAUAAUGCCAAUGGCAUUAUGGAAUCGACAACUGAUCCAGCUACUCAUGGCAUGUUGGAUCCUCGGCUCUCACUGUAUGGUUACACCAAUGAGACGGUUAAUAUGUUGUUGGUGCCAAUGUUCAAGAAUAGAAAAGAGGCUCUUGGUUCUAUGGGUAAUGAUGCUCCCUUGGCUUGUCUCUCAACAUUCCAACCAACACCUUAUGAAUACUUCAAGCAAUUGUUCGCCCAAGUUACCAAUCCUCCCAUCGAUCCAUUCCGCGAGAAGGUAGUCAUGUCUAUGCAGUGCCCCAUUGGCCCGGAGGGCAAUUUAUUGCAGCCUUCUGUUGAACAAGUCCAUCGCAUUUGGUUGCACAAUCCAAUUUUGAGCAUUCCAGAUACAAAUCUCUUGAAACGCAACACUCAUCGUGGUUGGAAAACCAAGGUUUUGGACAUAACAUUCCAAUUUCAAGAAGGCGUACAGGGAUACGUUGACUGUAUUGAUCGCAUUUGUCGUGAGGGUGAGGCGGCAGCCACUACUGGCUAUCAACUCUUGAUCUUGUCUGAUCGCAAUGCUGGCCAAAAUGGCAAAGCUCCUGUAUCAGCGCUCUUAGUUUUGGGUGCUCUACAUCAUCAUCUCAUUGAGACCUAUCAACGCAUGAAGGUUGGUAUUAUCCUCGAGACUGCUGAAGCUCGCGAAGUUCAUCAUAUUUGCGUGCUAUUGGGUUAUGGUGCUGAUGCCAUUUGCCCCUACUUGACAUUUGAAUUGGCCCGAGCCUUGCGUAAUGAUGGUGUCAUUAGCCCCGAUGUCAGCGACAAGCAAAUCUAUUCAGCUUAUGCUCAGGCUAUUGAUACUGGCAUUGCAAAAGUUAUGGCCAAAAUGGGCAUUAGUACUCUGCAAUCGUACAAAAGUGCUCAAAUAUUUGAAGCCGUGGGUUUGGGUAGUGACAUUGUUCACAAAUGUUUCCGUGGCACCGCCUCACGCAUUGGCGGUGUGACUUUGGAAAUUAUGGCUCGCGAAGGUCUGGAACGCUACCAAAUGACUUAUUGCAAAGUUUCAGCCGAUACUCGUAUACUGCGUAAUCCUGGCCAAUAUCAUUGGCGUCAUGGUGGUGAACCCCACAUCAACGAACCAGCUUCGAUUGCUAGUCUUCAAGAAGCAGCUGUCGCUAACAAUGCGAAUGCAUUUGAAGCCUUUAAGGCUUCCACUCUUAACAGUGUUAAGAAAUGUACUCUAAGAGGUCAAAUGGAAUUUGUUAGUGAUCGUCAAAAAAUCGAUAUAUCUGAAGUAGAACCAGCUAGUGAAAUUGUGAAAAGAUUUGCUACUGGUGCCAUGAGUUUCGGCAGUAUCUCGCUGGAGGCUCAUCAAACUUUGGCCAUUACGAUGAAUCGUAUAGGAGGCAAAAGUAAUACCGGUGAGGGUGGCGAAGACUCAGAUCGUUAUUUAAAUCAAGAUCCCGAAAAUAGCCGUCGUUCUGCUAUUAAACAAGUUGCUUCGGGUCGUUUUGGUGUUACCGCUUCAUAUUUGGCCAAUGCCGAUGAUUUGCAAAUUAAGAUGGCUCAAGGUGCCAAACCAGGUGAAGGUGGCGAAUUGCCUGGCUACAAAGUUACCAAAGAAAUUGCAAAAACACGUCACUCAGUAGCUGGAGUUGGUCUCAUUUCACCACCACCUCACCACGAUAUCUACUCAAUUGAAGAUUUGGCCGAACUUAUUUAUGAUUUGAAAUGUUCAAAUCCCAAUGCUCGCAUUUCAGUGAAAUUGGUAUCUGAAGUAGGUGUGGGCGUGGUGGCAUCUGGUGUUGCUAAGGGCAAAGCUGAACAUAUUGUUAUUUCGGGUCAUGAUGGUGGUACUGGUGCUAGUUCCUGGACUGGCAUUAAAAGUGCCGGUCUACCUUGGGAGUUGGGUGUGGCAGAAACUCAUCAAGUUUUGGUUUUGAAUAAUCUACGUUCAAGAGUGGUUCUUCAAGCUGAUGGUCAAUUGCGUACCGGUUUCGAUGUUGCUGUCGCUGCUUGUUUGGGUGCUGAUGAAUUUGGUUUCAGUACAGCUCCUUUGAUUGUUAUGGGCUGUACUAUGAUGCGUAAAUGUCAUUUGAACACUUGUCCAGUUGGUAUUGCCACCCAGGACCCUGUGUUGCGUAAAAAGUUCACUGGAAAACCAGAGCACGUCAUUAACUUCUUCUUUAUGUUGGCCGAAGAUAUCCGUAAAAUAAUGGCCAGCUUGGGUAUACGUAAAUUCCAAGAUCUUAUUGGUCGCACGGACUUAUUGCGUGUCUCUGAUAAGCUUUCGCAUAAGGCCAGCACUUUGGACUUGUCGUUGCUUUUACAAGAUGCUCUGAAAUUGCGUCCUGGAACGAAUAUCUUAGGCGGUUCUGUUAAACAAGACUUCCAAUUGGAAAAACGUUCCGACAAUGAACUCAUUAGCAAAGUCCAAGCUAUCUUUAAUGGUUCUGAAGAUAAUAUCACUCUUAAAAUGCGCAUAAAUAAUGAAGAAAGAGCUUUUGGUUCUACACUCAGCUAUCAUAUUGCUUGCAAAUAUGGUGAAGAUGGUCUUCCUGAAGGCAAAAGUAUGGAUAUUUACUUGGAAGGUUCUGCUGGUCAGAGUUUCUGUGCUUUCUUGGCUAAGGGUGUUAAUGUCACUUUGAAAGGUGAUGCCAACGAUUACGUGGGCAAAGGUUUAUGCGGUGGCACCAUUGUAAUUACACCACCUGAAACUGUGCCCUACGAGUCCCAUUUGAAUGUGAUUGUGGGCAAUGUAUGCUUGUAUGGUGCCACAGAUGGUCGCGCUUAUUUCCGCGGCAUUGCUGCUGAACGUUUCUGCGUACGUAACUCGGGUGUUACAGCUGUAGUUGAAGGUGUAGGUGAUCAUGGCUGUGAAUACAUGACUGGUGGUACUGUGCUUAUUUUGGGUCUUACUGGCCGUAACUUUGCUGCUGGUAUGUCUGGUGGUGUGGCUUAUGUCUACGAUAUCGAUGGCUCUUUCAAACCCAAAGUAAAUCCCGAAAUGGUAGAACUUUUGCCGCUGGAAUUGCCCGGCGAUGUGGCUUUAAUCAAGGAACUCUUACAAGAUUUCAUUGAAAAGACAGGCUCUAAAAUCGCCAAAGAAAUUAUGGAUAAUUGGGCUCAGGAACAAGGCAAAUUUGUCAAAGUCUUCCCCUACGACUAUCAACGAGCCCUUAAGGAACUUGAAGCCGAAAAAGAAGAACAACAAAAUAAAACCGAUGUCAAGGCCAUUGAGAAUGGCAAAAGCAAUGAACCCUCUAUCAAGGAUAUCGAAGAAGCCAUACAGGAUGUGGCUUUGGAACAAAAGAGAGCUGAUCGCAUUUUAGACAAAACUCGUGGUUUCAUUAAGUACAAGCGUGAAAAUGCACCAUAUCGCGAUUCUCAGGAGCGUCAAAAGGAUUGGGAGGAAGUUUAUAAUUUCCCUCAUGUUCGCAAAAAUCUCAAAGUCCAAGCGGCUCGUUGUAUGGAAUGCGGUGUACCAUUCUGUCAAUCAAAUUCCCAUGGCUGUCCAUUGGGCAACAUUAUUCCCAAAUGGAAUGAUUUAGUAUUCCAUGGUGACUGGAAGGAAGCUCUACGCCAAUUGUUGCAAACCAAUAAUUUCCCUGAAUUUACGGGACGUGUUUGUCCAGCACCGUGCGAAGGUGCCUGUGUAUUGGGUAUUUCCGAACCAGCUGUUACCAUUAAAAACAUUGAAUGUGCAAUAAUUGAUCAUGCUUUUGAACAGGGUUGGAUUAAGCCCGAAAUACCAGAGGUACGUAGUGGCAAACGUGUGGCCAUUGUUGGUUCUGGUCCCUCGGGUCUGGCAGCCGCUCAACAGCUCAAUCGUGCUGGACAUUUCGUAACCGUUUUCGAACGCAAUGAUCGCGUUGGUGGCUUAUUGCAAUACGGUAUUCCUACAAUGAAACUGUCCAAGGAUGUUGUCAAGAGACGUGUUGAUUUGAUGGCCGACGAAGGUAUUGAAUUCCGUACUAAUGUUCAUGUGGGCAAAGAUAUGCAGGCUGAAACCUUAUUGCAAGAAUAUGAUGCUGUCUUGCUUACCACUGGAUCCACUUGGCCACGUGAUUUGCCACUGGCUAAUCGUGACCUCAAGGGUAUACAUUUCGCUAUGGAAUUCUUGGAAGCUCAGCAAAAGAAACAAUUGGGCGGUAAGAAGGAAAUUAUAUCUGCCGAAGGAAAGGAUGUCAUCAUUAUUGGCGGUGGCGAUACCGGCUGUGAUUGUAUAGCCACAUCAUUGCGUCAGGGAGCCAAGAGUAUUACAACAUUUGAAAUUUUGCCCGAACCACCCAAGAGCAGAGCCAAUGAUAAUCCCUGGCCACAAUGGCCCAAAGUAUUCCGUGUUGACUAUGGUCAUGAAGAGGUGCGUGUCAAAUGGGGCAACGAUCCUAGGCAAUAUUGUACUACAACCAAAGAAUUUAUUGGCGAAAAUGGCCAUAUAAAGGCUGUUAAAACCGUUGAAGUCGAAUGGACUAAAACAGCUACUGGUGGCUGGAGUAUGAAAGAAGUUCCCGGCUCAGAAAAACAUUUCAACGCUGAUUUAAUUCUGUUGGCAAUGGGCUUUUUGGGUCCCGAAAAGACCGUACCCAAUGAAUUAUCCUUGGAAUUAGAUCCCAGAGGCAACAUUAAGGCCAUCAAUGGAAAUUAUGGUACCUCGAAUCCUAAAGUAUUUGCAGCUGGAGAUUGUCGCCGUGGUCAAUCUUUGGUAGUGUGGGCCAUUACCGAAGGUCGUCAGGCUGCUCGUCAAGUUGACUCUUACCUUAGCGGCCGUCCUAGUGGUCUUCCCGGCCCUGGUGGCAUUAUAGAUCCCACUAAAAAUGCUUAAAUCUAUUAUUUCUCUAGAUCUUGUUAAAGAUUUUUAUUUUUUGUAUUCACUCUCUAAUUUGUUUUGUGGUAAAGUCUUUUUUAUAUAAACAGAAAUUUUUAAUUUAUUUGUAUUCGUAUUUGUUUCCAAUAUAUUAAUCAUAAAUAAUUAGUUUAUUUUCAUUGAAGAAAUGAAAACAAACAAUAAGAACAACAAAAAUACACACAGCUUUAAAUUGUUUUUUGUCGAAAACCAAAAGACUUUACUUUAUAAUUAACAAAAAAAAGAAAACAUUACUCAUAUUUUAGUUUUAUUUAUUUAAUUAUUACAUACAUAUACAAUACAUAAUAAUAAUAAUAAAACUAAAAUUACAUUGAAAAUUAUUUAUACAUAGUAAGCUUCAAAUUCGAAAAACCCAAAUAAAAAGAAACCUAUUAUAAAAUACAUAUAUGUACUAACUAUUAUUAUAUUACACUAAAUUAGAAUUUGCAUCUUAGUCUUAUUUUAACAAACAUCAAAAUAAAUGCUUAAAAACAUGUUAUUAAAUAUUACAUUUACAUAAUUAUUAUACUUAUAUAUUGUAUUGUAUUUAAUUAUGCAAAAUAAAACUACGUACAUACACAUUUAAUGGUCAAUUAGCUGCACUUAUACAAAUUUAUAAAAAAUUUAAUGAAAAAAAAAUUUAAUAUUAUUUUCAUCAAAAUUAAUAUUUGUUGUACAUUUAAGUUUACUUAAAACGAGUUCCUCACACUCGGUAUAAGUUUUAGCAAUUGACACGUUAACUAAAUUAAUGUUGAUUAUCAUGAAACAAAUUAAAA